CCCGUCGCCGCCCCCGAGCCAGGCCGCGGCCCGCGGCAUCUCCCUCUCCCCGGGGCCGCCCACGGCGGGCAGCAUGGCGGGCCGCCCGCUGCUCACGGCGCUCCUGGCCGCGGGGUUGGCGGCAGCGAGGGCCACAGAGGGCCCCGAGCAGGCCGCGCUGCCGGCCGAGCAGAGCCGCGUGCAGCCCAUGACGGCCUCCAACUGGACGCUGGUGAUGGAGGGCGAGUGGAUGCUGAAAUUCUAUGCUCCAUGGUGUCCAUCCUGCCAGCAGACUGAUGCCGAAUGGGAAACUUUUGCGAAGAGCGGCGAAACGCUUCAGAUCAGUGUGGGAAAGGUAGAUGUCAUUCAAGAACCAGGUUUGAGUGGCCGUUUCUUUGUCACCACUCUCCCAGCAUUUUUCCAUGCAAAAGAUGGAAUAUUCCGCCGUUACCGUGGACCAGGAAUCUUUGAAGAUCUACAGAAUUACAUCUUAGAGAAGAAAUGGCAAUCAGUUGAGCCUUUGACUGGUUGGAAAUCCCCAGCUUCCUUAACGAUGUCUGGAAUGGCUGGUCUUUUUAGCAUCUCUGGUAAGAUUUGGCACCUUCACAACUAUUUCACGGUGACCCUUGGAAUUCCUGCUUGGUGUUCUUAUGUCUUUUUCGUCUUCGCUACUUUGGUUUUUGGCCUGUUCAUGGGUCUGAUCUUGGUGAUAAUAUCAGAAUGCUUCUAUGUGCCACUUCCAAGGACUGCAUCUGAACGUGAACAGGAUCAGAGGCCUGAGGGGCCUCCAGGGACUGAGCAGCUGCAGGAUGCAGAGGAGGAAAAAGAUGACUCGAAUGAAGAAGAAAACAAGGACAGCCUUGUGGAUGAUGAGGAAGAAAAAGAAGACCUUGGUGAUGAGGAGGAAGCAGACGAGGAGGAGGAAGAGGAGGACAAUGUGGCUGGCAGCGUGGAUGAGGAGAAGUGUGACACCAAUGACCAAGAGCUCUCACGGCAGGGCAUUGCAGUCCAGGAGGCACUUGAAUCUGGUGAGACUGGAGAUGUCCCUGAGCAGCCCUGUCCAGCUGGCACACAGGAGGUGACAGAGGACUCAUUGAGGCAGCGCAAGAGUCAGCAUGCCAGUAAAGGACCCUAGGUUUCCUGGCAUCGUUUCCAAGGACACAGAAGAAAAGUCAGUUUCUCUUUAACUCCUGAAAAUUUCCCGAGUGAACAAGCCUCUCUUAAAGUAUGAUCCUAGUCUCACGGGUUGCAUGGCUGGAAGUUGUUGUGUGCUAGGGAGAGUCUUUUGGGCACAAUCAGUCAGCAUGGUAUUAGAAUGUAUGCCAGGACUUGGGAAGGGAACAAAUUCAUACACUUGGGGGUCCAGAGUCAACCAGAGGACCGCCUUCCCUCAAGUCCUCAUUAGAGUGUUAGAGGUGAGGAUGCAGGCCUCAUGAAAUGAAUAAAACCACCAUACUCCUGAA